AUGGCUGCCGCUCAAGAGCCUCCCGUGCCUUACUGGGUCGCCCAGCUCGACUCCCCUCCCGCGGCAAAGUCCAAGGUCAACGGCAUCAUCGACCCUCCAGGCUUCUCUACGGCGCCCAGCAGCGCCCCCAAGAAAGGCAAAGACGUCAAAGCCCAGCCCCGAAAGCCUCCCUCCGCCGAGGAGAGAGACACGCUCAAAGUGAAGAAGGCCUGGGAGGUCGCCCUCGCCCCCGUCAAGGGCCUCCCCAUGACCGCCAUUAUGAUGUACAUGUCCGGCAACUCGCUGCAGAUCUUCAGCAUCAUGAUGGUCUUCAUGGCCUUCAAGAACCCCAUCGUCGGCCUGAUGAGCACGAACCAGGCCUUUGAGCGCUUCCAGACCGACAGCAACUCAGGCCAGAUCCUGCAGACCAAGCUAGUGUAUGUGGCGAUGCAAUUCUUGGCGUUGGCGGUGGGUGUGUGGAAGAUUAACUCGAUGGGUCUAUUACCCACGACACGGUCUGACUGGAUGAUGUGGGAGUCUCUGAGAGAGCCUGUAGAGCACGCAAUUCUAGCUUUGUGA